CAGAAACAAACACGCACGCGCACUUCCUGUCUUCUUUUUCCGCCUUACUUUUUUUUUCCCUCCUCCCUCCGCAGUAUUAUGAGCUCAGCGCAUGAGACGGCGUAGCUUAUGACGCAACCCACCCCCUCCCGGACCUCCCCAGCCCUGACAAUCCAGACAGAAGAGGGGACGGGGCAGCCCAAGGGAGAUAAGUGGCAGUUGGUCUCCUCUCCUCAGCAAGGGGGCGGUGGACGGGAGAAGACGAGAAAAUACCCGGAUGCUGCGGCCGCUGCGUGAGGCGGAGCGGGUCACAGAGGGAAGGAGCUGUGGAUACGACGGCGGUUUGUCGUCUGGGGCCGGCUGAGGGGAGCGAGCGUUGGGGGGGGGAGCGACGUCGCCCGCGAGCUCCCCCGGGUUGUUGUUUCCGUUGUUUUUUGACGGAGUUGCUGCGGCGGCGCCCGUUUCCCCUCAAGCCGCUGCUCGCAAGAUGGAGGUAGCGGGGCUGGCCGUGGCGCCGGCGUUGUCGGUGGCGGCGUGAGGCGGCGAGGACCGCGGGGUAGGCGGCUGCUUGAGGGGCGGCGAGAGGUGCUGAGGCGAUGCUGUCGGUGUAUGCAAUACUGCUGUCGGCUCUGCUGGGCUCCUGCCUGACGCUGCUGUGCCAGAUCCUGCUCUUCUACCGGAGGAAGCCCGAAGCCCCCGAGGGGCCGUCCCCAGUGCCCAAUACCGGCAUCUACACCACCCGGGCAGUGCCCGACACCGGCCUCAAGGAGUACUUCGCCGGUUUCGUUGGCGGCAGCGGGGUGCAAGAGGUGGCUGGCUCCCGCAUCCUGCUCCCCAACCAGUCCCCUUCCAAAAACGACCAGGGCACCCACUCGGACUCAUCCUCUAGCUCUGUGGUGGAGUUCACCGAGGAGACCCUGUACUGGCUCAAUGCCAUUUGUCUCUUUCUCUUCAGGGAGCUCAAGGACACUGCUUUUGUCAGGCACUGGGUCACCAGGAAGAUCAAGGUGGAGUUUGAGGAGCUGCUUCAGACAAAGGUGACAGGCAAGGUGCUGGAGGGGCUCAGCUUGAGGGAUGUUGCCUUCGGAAACGUCGUGCCCGUUUUCAAGAACAUCAAGAUCCUAAGGCCGGUGACCUGUAGCGAGGAAGGAUGCCCCGAGGAACUAGACUUUGAGGUGGAUGUUGAGUACAAUGGUGGCUUCCACUUGGCCAUUGAUGCCGACCUUGUCUUUGGCAAGUCGGCGUAUCUCUUUGCCAAGAUCUCUAGGGUGGUGGGUCGGGUGAGGCUGGUCUUCUCCCGCUUGCCCUUCACUCACUGGUCUUUCGCCUUUGUCGACGAGCCUGUGAUUGGUCUUGAAGUCAAGUCACAGUUCGAAGGAAGGCCCUUGCCACAACUUACUUCCAUCAUUGUCAGCCAGUUCAAGAAAGUCAUUAGGCGCAAACAUACUUUACCUCAUUAUAAAAUCAGGUUCAAGCCGUUUUUUCCAUUUCAAGUUGAGCCACCUGAAGAAUUUAGAGAUCGGAAUCUCAGUAUACAAGAUUUUUCACUAACUGAAGGACGACUGAAAGUUUCCUUAAUAGAAUGUUCAAGAUUACUUAUUUUUGGAUCCUAUGAGAGAGAAGUAUCUAUUCAUUGCACAUUUGAAUUGAGUGAAAAGGUUUGGGAAGAAAAAGAAAGAUCUUUUAUCAAAACGGCAGAACUAAUAAAAGGAAAUUCACCAAGUGUUGGACUCAAUCUGCGCCAAAUACAAGUUAAGGAAGGUGAAACAGGGCAUGUUGUCAUUGAAACUAUCACACCGAACUCAGCUGCUGCAGCUGCUGAUCUUCAGAGAGGGGAUAGGCUUAUAGCUAUUGGAGGAGUGAAAAUUACAUCAACAAUACAAGUGCUAAAGCUCAUCAGACAGGCUGGUGACAGAGUCAUCGUACAUUAUGAGAGGCCUGUUGGCUAUAACCAACAGAAUUCAGUACCGCAAGAUAGUCUUGCACCAUUUGUAAACUCAGUGUUUCCAGAUGAGGAGACAUCAGCAGAUCUAGAAAACAAAGAACUGGAUUUACAAUUUGAGGAUUUGGCAAAUGAAUUAAAGUCAUAUGAACCCGGAGAUGAUUCUUCAACCAGUCCCAAGCAUACCACAGUGUCAUCUACAGCGAAACCACUGGGAACUAUAUCACCGCUACUAAGCCGCAAGGGACAUUUGGGAAGUCCUCAGGCAACUGGAAAGGCACUUUUCAGAGAGGCAGCCAAACAAGUGGUAUUAAAAAAUGCUGAAAAUUUAGAUGCAACCCACCAAACAAACAAACAGACAAGUAAACCUCCUGUCCCUCCCAGGCCACAGUUUAAAAUCACACCACUUCCUAAUGAAGUUCAAAAUACACUAGAAACUGGUGACUUAUCUGCUGAGAAACCAGAGAAGCAGCCACUUCCUGCAAGUAAUGGAGAUAAAAAUUCAGAAAAGCUAACAAAAAAUACUGACAUAGAAGAAGAACCUACAGGAUCCAAAUUAGUUGUAAAUAAACCUGAAGCAGUUAAGGAGCCUUUCGAUUCCACACUGAAUGUUAAAGCAGUUACAAACAAACCAGCUACAAACAAACUAGAAUUAAUAAAGGAAGGUUCAGAAUCAUUACAGAGUCCCAAAGCAGUUACACACAAAGCAGUUACAAACAAAUUAGAAACAGUAAGGGAACCUUCAGAAUCUUCACAAAGUUCUAGGUCAACUACAGAAAACCAUAAUUCAUGGGAAACACCAGAAAUUCCUUAUCGCAAACGAUUAGGUAAAUGGACAAGGACAAAGACCUCUUCCUAUAUAUUUGAUGUAGAAAAAGAGCACAAGUACCUAAAUGUUGCCGUUUGGUGUAGGGAUCCUUUCAAAUUAGGUGGGCUUCUCUGUUUAGGAUAUGAAAGCAUAAAACUUGAAGAAAUAGCUUUAGAUUGUAUAGCUACAUCCUCCAUGGAAUUUAUUAGACAAUUUAGAUUAAAUCCUCCUGCACCUAAAGCUUCAGUAACUAGAACUGCAUUGCGUAAUUUGAUUUCUCACAAAGGUUUCAAUGAAAAUUUUUGUUACGGUGAUAUUACUAUACAUUUUAAAUAUUUAAAGGAGGGUGAACCAGAAGACUCCAGUUUUCUCCUGGAAAAAGAAAAAGAAAAUAUUUCAGAAGAUGAGUCUGCUCCCAUUCUUCCCAAAGACGAUCCUUAUUUGGGACAGAUUAUCUACACUGAAAACAAGCAUAAUUUUCAGGACACCCAGUUUCAGAAUCCAACUUGGUGUGAUUACUGUAAAAAAAAAGUUUGGACUAAAGCAGCAUCACAGUGUGUGGUUUGUGCAUAUGUUUGUCACAAAAAAUGUCAAGAAAAAUGUCUAACAGAAAGCCCAUUUUGUUUAGGAGCCACAAGACGGCUUGAACGAGACCUUCGCACUUUUAAAUUUGAUAGCCCUGAUUAUCUAAGCGUACCACCAUCUCGUGCUGAUACAGAACUGAAAACUGCAAACAGAACAACAGGUUUAACAAGACAUAUCAUCAACACUAGCUCCCGGUUGUUAAAUCUUCGUCAAGUUCCUAAGGUUCGUGUUAGUAGUGAGCCAGGGGCUGAUGUAGUAGAACCUUCGCCAAAGCCCACGCCACAUGGUUCCGAUAAUGAAGGUAGCGACACAGAAACUGGUGGUCCAAGUAGCCCUUCCAAGCAAGCAGGUUCAGGGGUAAAGUUAGCAAGAAAGGAAGGCGGAUUAGAUGAUAGUGUCUACAUUGCUGUUAAAGAAAUUGGUCGAGACCUUUAUAGAAGUUUGCCUACAGAAGAAAGGAUCCUGAAAUUAGAGGUUAUGUUGGAAAAACUACAGUAUGAAAUAGACCAGGAACUGGAGAAUAACAAUUCUUUAAUAAGAGAAAAGAAAGAAACAACAGAUACAAGAAAAAAAAUGCUAUUGUCUACUGCAUUGGCUAAAUCGGGUGAACGAUUGCAAGCCCUAACACUCCUUAUGAUUCACUACAGAGCAGGCAUUGAAGAUAUAGAAGCUUUGGACCUGGAAUCCAGAAAAGAGGAUAAAUAUGAAGAUGAAGAAAUGGAUAAUGAAGUUGAUAGUGCUCUAGUAAUGGAGCCAGUACUCGAACAACUACUAAAAGAAGGAGAGCUUGAAAGAUCUGAUGACUUAGUAGAUUGAUGUUGCACAUUUGGCCUUGAGAAUGAUAAACUGGGAAAAUACUUUGCACUUAAUCAAAACCACACCAGAUACAUUAAAAUGUAAUUAAACACUGGUAAAAUGUAUACAAGCUGCUUUUUCCAGUUUUGUUUUGUUUUUAAAUCUCUGUAAGGGUAUGGUUAUAGUUUUCUUUACAAGUACAGUCCCCCUUGUUUUUUGUUGACAUAGCUGGUCCAAUUUGUGUUUAAAGAACAUUUUGGAAGUUUAUACUGGAAGAUUAAUUUAUUUGAACUUUUUUCUAGUUUCAUGCUAAUAAAGUUGUUUUAUUUUUUGUUCCUUUUGAUUUUUAACUGCAUGCUGAAAUUUACAGCCAAGGGGACCAGGUUCUGAAGAUUUGAUUGUGUCUAAUUAUUUGGCUCUUUGAUUUAUUUCAGAGCAGGGGUGUUUUGUUUUUUGCCAAUCACGCAUCAUAGCCAACACAGGCUUUAUUUUCAGUUAUUUAGUAAAGGUGUUACUACAUAUCAUGAUGCUUACUUUCCAUAAUUUUUUUCAGUCACAGAUUUUUGAAGAUUAAAUUGACACUUGAAUACCUUUUUACUUUCUGGGUUUAGCAGAAUUGUAAGCUGGGAGAGAAUUCUAAAGCAUGUCUAGUUCAAAGCUCAAAUAAUUAUCAGUAGGUGCUCAUCUCCCCCUCUCUCCUCCCUUAAAGACCACAAACAUUCAAUUUUGCCUGAUCAUAAGCUGUACCAAUAUUGUACAGCAAUUUCUUGGAAAUGUACCAGCAAAGAUAUGUUAAUGUAAAAAUAGGCGGAAGCCUUAUAGAACAUAUCACUGUAAUAUUAUAAUGCAUAAAGACCUAUUUAUUAAAUUGAGUUGUAGCUUUUUCUGUUUACCUAAGCAUUGAUUUUUCCACAAAAUGUAUGACUUUUGUGUGUUAAUUAAUGUUUAAAGGGUAAAUAAAAUGCUAAAAUAAUUUACUUCCGCUGGUUGUAAUGCCAUCGUGAACAGAAAAAUGAUAGUUAGAUACCCAGCUUUUUAAUAUAGCAUGUGAGUUUCUUUACUGGCUCCUGGGCCCAACAGAAAUUGGGGACCUUUUUUAAAUUUAUUUUUUUAAAGCCCCAGCUGGUCUGAUACGAAAUAUAUUUUGGGGGGUUUGACAUUUAUGUGGCAUAAGGCUUUGUUUUCCAUACGCAUAUCAUUAUUUUAGGCCCUGUGCUAUAUAUACAAACACCUGUAGAAAUUGGCAAAGCUAGCACACCUAAAUCCUCUUAUUUUGACAGACAAGCAAUCAGACAUCCUACUAUGUUGAAUCUGCUUUUCAGUUUGUAUGGAAGUGAUAACAACCUCUUUGCAUCUUUUUGGCCUUAAAAAUAACCUUUUGCUUUUAAAAAAACAUAACUGAGCCAAAUAUUAAAUUAGAAUAUAAUCCAUACUAGUAAUAAAAAAGGGUACAGUUCUGCUCUUAAAAAAAUCUGCUUCAUAACUUAUACUAGAUACUUCCAAAAAAUAAACCCCUCCAAGAGUUCAACAUUGUGUUUAAUGAAUUUUAUCUCUGAAUUUAUUUUCUGGGUUGCUUACCAACAGAGGUGGUCUGGAAUAAUUCUCCAUUAGUUUUUAGCUUGAGUCCAGGUACUGCCUUGAAACACCUGCUCAUUUGAAAAACAGCUGCAAAAAUAAUAUAGGCAUUAGGUUUUUUCAAAAUAAUACCUUAUAGUUUAUCAGUUAAUGAAACGGGCAUGAAAAGUUUGGUAUCAAUACUCUACUAUGAUGAUUGUAUAAUAAAUUAAAUGUAGUGCAAUAUUCUAAAUGUUGCGUGAGAAUGGUGGCAAAAUAAUUGUAUGGUAGCAAGGGAAAACAAUUAUAACAAACACUGAUCUUGAGAGGCAAGCUGUAUUAAUACAUUCCUAUUAUAUUCUUUGCUUCUGUGCUUUACUGUACAUAGCUAAAAAUAAAAAAUGCCACUGAAAGCAAGAAUAUCUUGAUGUAGUGGUAUGUAACUACUUGACACUUGCACAUAUUUAUAGAACGUCUGCCCGAGAUGAUUGUCAGACAUGAUUUUAUCAUGAAAACAAGCUUUAAUAAAUUUUUUAAAAUAAGUUCUGAGUUUCUCUGUUGCAAGCUGUUAUAUUUAUAGGAUAUUUUCAGUACUUAUCUGCAGAUAUUAUCUUAUCCAUGUUGUAGAGGAUUGACAUCCAAAGUUUUUAUCUUCAAGUGAAUCCUUUCGGUGAUGCCCUGGGAAACAACUCAAUGAUAGAGAACACGCUUUGUCUGCAGAUGGCCCCAUCUUUACUCCCUGACGUCUCCAGAUAGAGUUGGAAAGGCACCUGCCUAAAGCCCUUGAGAGUCACUUCUACUCACUGUAGACAAUACUGAGCUUGAUGGGUCAGUGGUAUAGACUGCUUUCACUCUUCCUUUCCAUUGACUUGUUAGCUAAGGAACAUCUUUCACAUCCGCACAGAGGAUUCAAUGAUACAUUCUAGGGAGCAUGCUAAAUUUCUCCUGCAUUUGGGGGGGGGGGGGUCAACAAGUGCAGGGGAUUGAAAGUAUUGUAAGCUGCCUAUCAGGAUCAAUUCCCCUGCAAAGCUGCAUAGAUAAAAAUCUACUACAUCAAAAUAGUAUAAAUUCCUUAAAUGCACUUUGGCAUUGCAAACCUAAACUUCACAGAAUUUUGAUUGGGGGGGGGGAGAUUCAGUGUCACAUAUCCUGAAAGUGGCAAUGCAACCUUGGAAAGUUGCUUUAAGGCACUUAUUUCAUCUUGUGUGGGUUUAACCUGAGUCCACAGGGGGAACAGAGACGUUCCGUUUUUGCAAGUGAAAAUCUGUUUAAAGUACAAACAUUUAUCUGGAAGCUAAGUCUAGCAGUCUGAAUUUGUAUAUGACCAAAUCUUGUACUCUUAAGUAACUUUGCAGCAGAAGUUGCAACUACAGCUAUAGAAGCACCCUUUGCAAAAUACACAGAACAGAGUACUCUCGUUAUCAGUCACUAUACCAUCCUGUGCACUAGGAAUGGUGCUGUUCAGAUGACUUAAGGAUAUGGAAACAGCAUGCAGGAACAAGUGUGAUUUGAAACAGCUUCCCCUAAGCUCUCGUAUGAUCAUAUCAAGAGCUGUUACAGCAAGAGUGCAAUAGCAUGAUGAAAUAAGCCUAUUCCUAGAAGACAAUGUUGGAGUCUUUGUACUAAUCUGUACAUCACUUGUAGCAAAACAACAUCAAAUUGUCCACCAUUUAUUUUGGGGUUGUUCCAAGAAAUGAUAACAUUCCAAGUUCUUACUUUUCUGCAUAAUUAACAAUAAUUAAUCUACAGCAUCUCUAAUUUUGACCAAUAUAUACACUUACAAAAAUAUGUAAACAAAGUGUCUUCUUUAAGACACAAACCAUCUGUUGAUAAAUGAAAGAAGGCACAGAGAUCAUGUUUUACAAACAGCAUGACAAGUACAUGACACUAAAUAUUUGAUAUUGAUACAUGGGUCUAUCAUUUGUUGGAAUUCUAUUUUCACAACUAAGGGCACCACACAUCCUUUCAUGAGCUCAGGUCCAAAUGAAGGACAACACUGUUGUAGCGUUCAAUGGACUGCUGAGUUGCCUACCAAUUAGAAGAGGCAGGGGUUUUACAUUCCUCCCAUAUAGCAAUCUACACAGUACUCUUCUCUCCAAAUCCCCUUGCUGCAAGUUACUCUACCCAGAGCAGGAAUACUUUCCAAGGCUGUGGUUCUGUAGUCUCAUGCCCAAGGGCCAGCCAAGAGUGAAAAUUUGACUACCUAAUUGAUAGCUCUUAGAUUUAUAUUAUAUGGGCAGACACACAGGUCCCCCAGGAGACAUUUGUGUCUUGCAACUCUCUUAAUUAAAAAUCAAAAUAAAGCUUUAAGAGAGUGAAAGAAAGAACAAUUUUAUUAGAAUUGUUGAGAAGUUUCAAAUUGACUCUAGGUGACACAGUUCAGACAUUGACCAGUUUUGCUUCUAGUGUCAUAUAUUUGUCUAAACUGUCUUCUCGUGUUAUAUGGGAGGGAUUGUCAAAUCUGCUAGUAUUCUGCAUCUGUAAGUAUCUGACACAAUUUGGAUUUAAUUUAUGGUGUGCACCUAGUAACACAUCUGAAAUUUAAAUCGUAUAAUGCACUGUGAAUCAAUAUUUUGAUACAGAUAGUUUUUCUCCCCACCUAAGUUGCACAAAUGUGUUGGCAAGCAUAAUAUACAGCCAUUUUUGGUGUAGUGCCUACUAUCUGUAAAUAGUAGUUAGAGAUGAACCAAUAAGGAGUUUAAUUAAAUGUAUCCUUCACAAUUGUCAUAUUUUUUCCAAUGUUUUUCGCUCCAGGAAUAAUGAGGAAAUGCAGAUAAUUUGGGGGAUUAUGUAUUCAAUUUCAUUGUUUCAAGGAAAGCUAUUUAACAAAUGCAACAUUUUCAUUUCUUUAUAUAGUGUACAAUCAGAUAAUUUAUCAUUGUUAGUUUCAGGCACUCUUUGCUGCUGAUCAGUCAAAUAGAGAAAAGGUGGAAUAAGCAAAGUGUUAAUGAAUUGACAUUUUAAAGGCAAAGAUCUGGAUUUAGAUUUACACUAAUUUAAUCAAAAUAUAGUGCAUUUUCUUGACACUGUAGCAAACUCCUAUAAAAGCUUCCCUUCUCCUUUUAUAAGGCAGUGGGUAAUCUGCUUCAUAAUCAAGGGCAAUAAAUAAAUCUACCUUUGGCUUUUUCUUCUUUACUAUUUUACCAUUAAAAGUACAGUACAAAUAAAACGUCUUGAUGAGAUGUUCCACAGGAAACACUUGUAUACAUUAAUCUACUUGAUAUGGCUUUCAGAAACUACUCAUCACUUUCUGAUUCUUCUUCAUUAUCGCCUAUUGGAUGUGACUGGAUGUUGUUCUGCGUAUACAUUUUGGUUUUAUAGUGACAGUUAUGGUCCAUAAGUAUUGCCUGCAAAAGAACAGAGCUGUGCAUUAGUAUAUCUGUUAAGCAUUUUCUUGCUUUCAGCAACAACAGAUGGCUUAGAAUUGGGACCAAGUAUCUCCUAGCAUUGCAGCAAUCCUGAGGGCUCUCACACUGAAAUCAGAUGCCUGAAGGUUCUCAAGACAUCCCACUGUUCCUGAAGUUGCCUCAGGUUUUUGACACAAUUUGUUAGUCAGCAUGAGGGUUCAGAGAAGGUGUUAGUCUCAAAUACCCUUCCAUGUGAACUCUUCAUAGUUACUUGAAUUCCAGCGGCAAUGUGGUGAAGUCUUACACAUCAAAGAAAACCAGAUGUCUAACUUGUACUGUUAAUUCAAACUUCACCCAAAAUAUAGUAACUUUGUUCCUGCUGGUUCCCAAAUAUAAGCCAGCCUUGCACUUUUUUUGUCUUGGGCAAACCAUGUUACCCCACUCAAUACAAAAUACUGAUUUCAGCUAGUGAAAUAGAACAUUACAAAAUAGUUCGUUUUUCUAUUUGCUUAUGUACUAAAAUAUAUCAGAAUUCAAAUACAGCAAAGCGAGAAAAAGUUUGUGCUUACUAUUUUUUCUUCCUUGGCAGGAGGACUGCGCAAAAACAAACACAGAGGAGCGAAGAGGAUGUCAAUGAUUCCUAUAAUGGUCAUGAGCCAUGGGAAUCCAAUUGCCUUUGCAAUGGCACCACCAGCAGAUGGACCUUUGGGAAACAUUU